AUGGCUAAAGGAAAGAACAAACAAAGCGAAGAAAGAGGAGAUAGAUCUCGAACUUCUAAUGGACACAAAUCAAAACAAUUCCAUUCCCGAAAGGGUAGACAAGAGGAGGGAGCGAUGAACCUGGUUCAAAGUAAGCUCCCUGUGAAAUUAGCGAUGUGGGAUUUUGAUCAGUGCGACCCAAAACGAUGCUCUGGAAAAAAACUUGAGCGUCUUGGCUACAUUAAAAAUUUGCAAGUUGGUCAAAAAUUCCACGGUGUGGUGGUGUCACCAAAUGGUAAAAGUGUUGUCUGCCCUGAUGACAAGGAAAUUGUUGAAACCGGAGGAGCAGCGGUGGUAGAGUGCUCAUGGGCUCGUUUAGAUGAAAUUCCUUUCCACAAAAUUGGAGGAAAAAAUGAAAGAUUGCUACCUUAUUUGGUUGCUGCUAACACUGUGAACUAUGGCAGGCCAUGGAAACUUAACUGCGUGGAGGCACUCGCUGCUUGUUUCGCCAUUGUAGGUCAUAUUGAAUGGGCCGAGGAACUUCUACAGAACUUUUCAUGGGGUCUCACAUUUCUUGAAAUUAACAAGGAGCUUAUUGAGAUUUACCAGCAGUGCACAGACUCCGAGUCAGUGAACAAAGCUCAAGAUGCAUGGUUGGCAAAGCUUGAAGAGGAGGUAAGACAAAGAAAAGAGAGAGGCUCCAGCGAAGAUAUUUGGAUGACAGGUAAUGUGAACAGGCAAGUGGAGCAAAGUGAGAGUGAAGAUGAAGACGAUGUUGAAUAUGACGCCUUAGGUAAUGCCAUUGCCAAGCAGACAUUGGAUGACAAAGAAAGUGACCAAGAAGAAGAAGAGAGAGAUGAGGAAGGUACAGAAGACGACAAUGUCGACGAGGAAGAGGAUGAAGUGGAAGAAGAAGAAGACAAAGAAAUUAAUUAA